AUGAACUACAGGAAAUGCAAAGAGGUUGAGUCUGUUGCAGAGGUUGACAACCAUGCUAAUAUGAUUUCAGCACCCAGGUUCAUUGCUCAACUGCAUUGUGACAGCAGCUCUCUGGCUAUCAACACUUUGGAUCAUGCUCUUCCAGUAGCUGCUGCCUUUGCUGACAUUUUGGAUGCAUGUGGAAAGUUCCAGGAACCAACAGGGGAGGAAAAUGACAAGGACCUGAGUAAAGGCUUUACUAUCAGCUUGGGAGUCCUGGUAAUCAGCCUGGGAGCUGAUGCCAAGGAGCUGGAUAAAGAUGCAAUUAAGGUUGCCACAAAGUUCUGGGAUACAUUGCAGUUCCCAGCUGUGAUAACUGAAGAGUUGGCUGCAGUUCCAAAACACCAGCAUGAUAGUAAACAAUAUCCUAGCAGAACAUUAACACACAAGAUUUCAGAGAGUGUGCCAGGUGAAAUUAGCUUCUCACUGCCUCUGCUGAGCACUGUCCAUGAACCACUGUGUGUUCUCCCUGCAGAAAUUGAAGCCAGAGAAGCCUGCGACUGGCUGAGAGCUGCUGGAUUUCCCCAGUAUGCUCAGCUGUUUGAAGAUAUGCAGUUUCCCAUUGAUGUAAAAACUGUGAGGAGAGAUCAUGAGUUUUUAGAUGGAGAUGCAAUUGAAUCACUGUUCAGAAGGUUGAACACAUUGAACAAGUAUGCAUCAAUGAAAGUGGAAAUAAGCCGUGACAGGAAUCGGAGUGAUGGCUCUGAGGAUGAUGAGCCCUGUGCCAUCAGUGACAGGUGGGCCUACGAGAGGUGCAGCCAGCGCUGGUCUCGCGUCGGGAGCCUGGCAGCUCUCCCAGCAGAGCAGGGGGCUGCAGCUCCCACCCCAGUGCUGAAAAUCAUCAGCAAUGAGGACAGUGUCUGUCUGGAUCAUGGUGAGAAGCACGAUGUGUCCUCAGUUCACAGCACCAGCAGUGCUGACAGUGACGUUGUUAACUCCCAGAAACCUUUCGAAGAUGUGGAAACCAGCACGAGCUCCUCAAGGUGUUCCUCAGUUCAGGUACCUUCACUGGACUCUGCUUUUAGUUGUUCUCCUCCCCCCAGUGAAUUUUUAAAUAUCAGCAGUGAGGAGAAGCUUUUGGAUAAGUCACCAUCUAAAAAGAGGAAGAGCCUUCUAAAGAAAAUGGAGAAGCUGCACUUAAGGAGCUGCAAUUUAAGGAGUGGUCAGUCAAAGGCCAAACCCAUAAUAAGUGAACCUGUUCUUCUGGAAGGACUUAAUGAAGAAAAGAUGAAGAUGCUGAACUGUGUAAAUAUUUCUGACCUCUCUGGCAUCCGAACAAAGAACAAUUCUCCCUUUUCUCCCCAGAGCAGCAAUAGCAGCAAUCAGUCUGUGAACAGCAGCACAGGGAGCACUGCAAGGCCUGGUACAAAACCAGGCAGCCCCUGUGAAGGAAGGAGGAUGCAUGCAGAGCACAUGGACACCAGCAAGCUGCUGCUGGGGAACGAUCUAUCCCAGCAAAACCUAAAAAAUGACGUGACAUUACCAAAGAGCCAGAUGUUUCAAAUACCACAAGGCCACAAACCUGGCACUUUCCCCACAGUGCUUACAGACAGCUCCCUGUCUGCAGACAGCUCCUCUGUCAACUGGAGGACUGGGAGCUUCCACGGGUGCAGGAGGAGCAGGAGCGGCUCCAGGGGCGCCAGGAGCCCCGUGCUGGGCAGGGAUCAGAGGCUCAGUGUGUAUGACAACAUGCCCAGCCCCGAGCUGCAGGGCCUGGAGCAGCUCGGCGACGACGACGUUUUCUCAGAGCUCAACAGUGUCAUUGCAGAUGUCAAUGGCCUCAAAAAGCUGGUGGAUCAGUGGACUGAGAAGUUCUCAGAUGAUGGGGAUUCUGACUUUGCCAGUGACUUGGCCUCUUUGUGUCCCCCCUCCCCUAAGGAAAGCUCUGUUGAAGCAGAGGGCUCAGAAGAUAAGGCAGCAGGGGAGGCUGGGGGAGAGAGCAGCUGUGGCCUGGGCAAGGAGAUUGGUUCUGCAGAGCUGGCAUACACCACAGACUCUAAAAACACCAACAGGCACGGGAAGCAGCACUGGUGUGUGGAAGAGAACCUGGAAGGCCUUUCCCUGCAGACUGAUGGCCAGUCAGCUGCCCAGCUGGCCCGCACACAAAAGCUGGCAUUGCUGAAACUCACAGCUUUAAUGGACAGAUAUUCCCCAUCCAGUAAGCAGGGCUGGAACUGGACCAUACCAAAGUUCAUAAAAAAGCCCAAAGCCUCAGACUACAAGGACAAAAAUGUGUUUGGGGUUCCUUUACUGCUGAACAUGCAGCGAACAAGCCAUCCCUUGCCCAAUGGCAUCCUGCAAGCCCUGGAGUACCUGAGAAGCCACUUUCUCGACCAGGUUGGCCUGUUCCGAAAAUCGGGCGUUAAAUCCAGGAUCCUGUCCUUAAGAGAAAUGAAUGAAACCAGCCCAAACAAUGUGUGCUACGAGGGGCAGUCAGCCUUUGACGUGGCAGACAUGGUGAAGCAGUAUUUCCGAGACCUCCCCGAGCCCAUCUUCACCAGCAGGCUCUGUGAAUCCUUCCUGCACAUCUACCAGUACGUGCCGAAGGACGAGCAGUUUCAGGCUGUCCAGGCUGCUAUUCUCCUUCUCCCAAAGGAAAACAGAGAAGCUUUGAAAAUCCUCCUGUUCUUCCUGCGAGACGUGGUGGCUUUUGUUGAGGAGAACCAGAUGACCCCAACCAACAUUGCUGUCUGUCUGGCUCCUUCUUUGUUUCACCUCAACACCCUGAGGCGGGACAGCUCCUCCUCCUCUACCAGGUCCAGCCAGAGGAAAUGCAGCCUGGGGAAGCCAGACCAGAGGGAGCUGAACGAGAACCUGGCAGCAACGCAGGGCUUGGCCCACAUGAUCAUGGAGUGCAACAGGCUCUUCCAGACUGACUUCCCAGCCUGACCGCGGCCUUUGCUGUCAUUAUGGACUUGCCUGGUGAUCCUUAGACUG